AUGUUUGCCGCGGCAGGGAAUUUUGUUGACGAGAAGCUGCUGACCGGGGAGCUCGGGUUCACGAAAGCAGAGCUCAAGGCAGAAGCGUCCGAACGGGCCAUGGCAUUGUACGACUUGGAAUACGAGAAGGAGACGAUGACUAUUAUUCAGUCCACGUACCUGAUGAGCUACCACCUUGGAGGCAUUAAUGCUGAUAGAGGACCGUGGUAUUGGAUAGGCAUUGCUAUUAAUCUGGCUUAUGGUGCUGGCCUUCAUCGCCUCUCACCCUGCGAAUUACAGACUUGUCCAACCUGCCAUUCACGCCAGUGGGCACAACUUUGGUGGAGUAUUUACUGCCGCGAAGCGUGGCUCUCCCUCGCCUAUAAUCGCCCGAUGCGAAUACAGCUGGAUGAAGUAUCAACAACCGUUCCAACCCAAGUCGAAGUCGCAUCCAUCUGCAUCGACAUUUUCGACGAAAGGUAUCAUAAAUAUCUACCUCGGGAAAUUGACGAUCUAGUUAGUAUGUGGUUAUACCUCGUCAGAAUCUCACUUACUCUAGGCGAUAUUUUAUCCAAGUUGUACGCGUCAGAGUCCUCGAGGCCGACACAGCAACCAAUAAACUACACCGAGGACGAUGUUGGGGCGCAUCUAUGCGAAUUAUCCGAUGAGAGUCUUGGGAGCGAGCUUAUAAAGGUGCAUCUGUACCAGCUUCGACUUUAUCGCGAAACAACCGUGAUUGCCUUGUACCACCCGCACGUCCAGGGCCUGCAAGAUUACCAGUCAGAGGAGCACCAAAGCUAA